GCGGAGGACGUUGCGUCAAGUAGUCGAGCGCCCCACUCUCUGUGUUCGUUCGUUCAAAUUCAAAUAGCUCAGCUCAGUCCGCAACGCGCUGUUGAAGUGAUCGCGCGUACGCACUACCGCAGAAAAAUAUCAAACUACGUUUGUUUAUUUGUUAUUUUUCUUAGUAAUCUGCAUUCCUAGUAAAUUAUCUUUGUUUAGUAUAUUAUUCACUGUGGCUUUAACGGUUUUUUAAGACUGAUUAAACAAAAUUAAUGAACUGUGAUCGUGUUUUGGACCGUUUGAAACUCGAAUAGAACUGUAAACAACGUGUGAGAUAGGUCGAAAUGAGCGGAUUGACCAUCAGAGUUAAACGAGGAUCGAGGGGAAGUGCUACUCUUCUUGAAGCAGCUAACAGGAUCUUGCGACUGCUCGGCGUGAGCUCCACGAAGCGCGGGAAACAGCCCUCACCCAAAUCUAAGACUAGCCGUGCGACCAGUGAAAUCCGCGCGCCGAUAGCGGCGGCCGAGACCGUCAUCGAGUCUCCAGUGAAGAUGGCCGCGGCACCUGCCCCGGCGGCGCCUGCGCCGGCGCCCACCGCUGCGUCGACACCCAGCCAAUCCGCCAAACCUGCAAAGAGAUCAGCUAAAGACUACAUCUUCGGAAAAUUAAUUGGGGAAGGCUGCUACAGUACAGUGUUUCUCGCAAAGGACAUCCAUACAGGAAAGGAAUAUGCAAUUAAAGUCUGUGAAAAAAUCCAUAUCAUCAGAACAAAGAAGAGUGAAUAUAUAAAGCGAGAAAAAGAUGCUUUGAACAGCAUGUUCAAUGUUCCGCACGGUUUUGUGAAGCUGUAUUGUACGUUCCAAGACGACGAAAGAUUGUACUUUGUUUUGUCGUAUGCGAAGAACGGCGAACUGUUGCCUUAUAUUAAUAAAGUUGGCUCUUUCGAGCUAAACGUAGCUAAAUUUUACGCUGCCGAGCUAUUGUUGGCACUAGAAAAGAUGCAUGCCAAGGGAAUUAUCCACCGUGAUUUAAAACCGGAAAAUAUUUUACUAGAUGAAAAUAUGCAUUUGCAAAUUGCUGACUUUGGAACGGCAAAAAUUUUGGAUCCGGAGGAGAUCCGAUCGCCCGUGGUGAAGCCUGAGGAGGAGCAAGACGAGUCUAACAACGACCGGUCGAGGAAGGUGAGCUUCGUAGGCACGGCGCAAUACGUAAGCCCCGAGCUGCUGCACAACCACGUGGACACGCGCGCCUCUGACCUGUGGGCGCUCGGCUGCAUCAUCUACCAGAUGAUAUCCGGCCUGCCGCCCUUCCGCGCUCCCGGAGACUUCCUCACCUUCCAAAAGAUAUUCAAAAUGGACUAUGAAUUCCCAGAAGGCUUCCCAGCUGAAGCGAAAGAUUUAGUAGAAAAGCUUUUAGUUUUAGACCAUUCAAAGAGGUUGGGAGCGAACGAUAAGGGAGAUACUUAUGAAAGUAUUCGUAAACACCCCUUCUUUGAAGGCAUCGACUGGGAAAAUAUUUGGGAUCAAACACCACCUAAGAUCAGCCCGUACUUACCGGGAGGCUCCUUCGAAGAAGAAUACACAGUGCCUGACCACCUCGAGCCGGGUCUUGGGAACAAUCAGCUCGUGAGACUAUGGGAAUUCGACCUCUCCACUUCCAAAGGAAUCUUGGACAUCAGCCCCGAAGAGAAGCGGCGUCGCCUCGAAAUUCAAGCUCGUGAAAACAAGUGGCACCAAUUUGUCGAUGGAGAGUUGAUAUUGAAGCAAGGCCAAGUGGACAAGAGGAAGGGUCUGUUUGCGCGGCGGCGUAUGCUUCUGCUGACUACUGGACCCCGCCUGUUCUAUGUCGACCCCGUUAACAUGGUGCUGAAGGGUGAAAUCCCAUGGUCGCCAGAACUGCGUGUAGAAGCCAAGAACUUCAGAAUAUUCUUGGUCCACACGCCGAAUAGGACAUACUACCUGGAAGACCCGAAGUCGUUCGCACUGGAGUGGGCGCGAGUGAUAGACGAGGUCCGCAUCGGUACGUACGGCCGCGACACGACCUAAGGGGCGCCCGCCCGCGCCCGGCCGCGCAGCCCGCACCGCUCCCGCACGCCCCGUGCUCACUUCUAGGAUACUACUAGCCUUCAUUUUCACGACGACCAUCCGGCCGGUAUGCUUACGCGAUGAUGAGCUGGUGGCUUGGUGUCCUGAGGCGAGGCAGCCGCCUCCGCACGGGCGCUGGCGGCUCGUCCGCCCGGCCCCGCCGCCGCGCCCCGCGCCCCCCGCGGGCCGGCGCCGGAACCGACGAGACGACGACGUCACCUUCCCGAUCGAUCACUGUCGAUACUGAUGACUGAUUCCUAUUAGUAUGUCCAGACUAUGUUAAAUUAUUAUUAUAAUUAAGUUCUUAUUUAAUAUGGAUAUGUCGAUGAUGUGUAAAUAUUUGUCUUAAAUUAUUAUUGCGAUCGCUUAGAUAUAGUGUAAUGUGUAAUCGUGGGCCGUUGUAAGUUUAUCGUAUACAGGCCUCUUGUAAGAAUGGACUUGUUAUUCACCACCCGCGUGUUCACGAAGCCCAUUCCGGUUGGUACUAGGCAAUUUAUAGCUAAAUUAAUAUUAUUUAUUUUAAUUUUAAUUAUUUGCCAACGGAAUGUGACUGCUGUACAGUUAUAAAAGUAGGAAAUUAUGAUCGGCACGUUUCCAAACGACUCACCAGUAUCGGUGUUGGUACGUCGCGAUGUAGCCUUAGAUUAGGUAGUGUAAUAUUGAGCAGGACGGCCGAUCGUCGCUGGCGCCGCUGCGCCUAUGCGCACGCGCCCUCGACACCUGUAUUGCUUUACGUGCAUCUUACACGUGCACUAUAAUCCUAACUUAGCAAAAGUAUACGGAUAACGCCACCAAAGGUGACUAAUAUGAUAAUUGGAAAGCUUCAUUGAAGAAUCCACAAUACAAUUAUUCCCGUGUUUGUUAAUUUGAAGUUAGAUAUUCGCAUUGCCUAAUGGACAUUGUAUCAUUGAUUUGUGUUUCAUAUUUAAUAUUAUUCUGUUUAUUUUGCAAGCUAUCGGGAAUAUUCAAAUUUCGGUAAUUAUUGAAAUGUUUGUUGUAAUCCCCAACUUAUGAUAGUUGUAUUAAAUGCCUAAACUUGCCUGGAAUAAUUAAAUUAGGGCUUAUUAUCGGAUUAAAUCCAUAGUUCAAUAUACAAAACCCUCAGUUUAGUAAAAUGAUAGCAUACUUUUAUUAUAAGAUUGAGCCACAUGUACGAAUUUUGUUUAUUGUUUGGGUAAUUAUAAUUUCGACAAUGUAAAACAAUAGUUGUCAGCAUAAAUUUGACAUCUCCAUGACAUUGUUAAUUAAUAAUUCUGCAUUUAAAAUUUAAUAACUGUUAACUAUUGUAAUUAUAUUUUACAACAUUUGUAUUGCGUAAAUUCCAUAACGGUAACAAAGUAAGAAAUUGAAAAUAAAUUGAAGUUGAUUUUUUAA